AAACGUCUUGCCGUCACUGCGGUCAGGGAAGGGUUAAAACUUCGCACACUACAGUGGAAUUGAAGGACCCGAAUAGCCUUUAGUUCUGGGAUACUCUCACCGACACUUCUUUUCAAAAUGGCCACUCCGGGGCUUGACCAUUGGGCAGACAUCACUGUUGUUGUUCUAUACUUCAUAUGUGUUCUCAUCGUAGGGAUGUGGACGGUGUGUCGCCGGAACCGGAAUGACGUCAACUCUUACUUUUUGGCGGGACGGAACAUCGCUUGGUGGCCGGUGGGAGCAUCUUUGUUCUCGAGUAACAUAGGGAGUGAACACUUUGUUGGACUAGCCGGUACUGGGGCGGCUGCUGGAAUAGCCAUGAUCUCUUACGAAUGGUUUAGUAUGCCGCUGGUCCUGUUACUGGGCUGGUUUUUCCUUCCCGUCUACAUCUCCGCUGGGGUCUACACUCUUCCGGAGUAUAUGGAGAAACGGUUUGGUGGCUAUCGAAUCCGGAUCUACCUCAGUGUGCUGGCUCUUAUAUUAUACAUAGUCACCAAGCUUGCCGUGAGUAUAUUUGCCGGAGCUCUUUUCAUACAGUUAGCCCUGGGUUGGGACAUGUACCUCAGUAUACUAGCGUUACUGGGAGUCACUGCAGUUUACACCAUACUCGGUGGACUGGCCGCUGUUAUCUACACGGACACCUUCCAGACCGCCAUUAUGACCAUUGGAGCCUUGGCACUAGUGGGAAUUAGUUUUAAUGAGAUCGGGGGAUACAACAACCUAGAGCGGAAGUACAUGGAUGCGAUUCCAGCGGUGCGUGAGCCAAACAGUACGUGUGGUUUCCCGCGUGAUGACGCUUUCCACAUCUUUCGGGAUCCCAUAACGGGAGAUAACCCAUGGCCAGGACUUUUGCUCCAAAGCUCCUUAGGGUGUCUCUGGUAUUGGUGCUGUGAUCAGGUGAUAGUGCAGCGCUCUCUGGCGGCCAAGAACCUAUCUCAUGCUAAAGGGGGGUCAAUUUUGGCCGGUUACCUUAAACUGUUGCCUCUCUUCCUCAUGAUAUUCCCAGGCAUGAUAAGUCGCGCUUUAUACCCAGACGAAGUCGCGUGCGUAGACCCAGAAGUAUGUAAGAGGGUGUGCGACAAUCCUGUCGGCUGCUCAAACAUAGCCUAUCCAAAAUUGGUCCUGGAGUUACUUCCCUUCGGUGUCCGCGGAUUGUUAAUGGCAGUAAUGUUGUCUGCCAUUAUGAGCUCUUUAACUUCCAUCUUUAACAGUUCAAGUACAAUUUUUACUAUGGAUCUGUGGCGAAGGGCCCGACCAAGGGCUACAGAGCGGGAACUUCUUAUCGUUGGCAGGAUAUUUAUUGUGAUCCUGUGUGGUAUCAGUAUUGCCUGGAUACCCUUGGUGCGAUCAUCACAAGGGGGACAACUCUUUAACUAUAUCCAGGCUAUACAAGGCUAUCUUGGCACGCCGAUUGGAGCAUUGUUUAUCCUUGGCGUUUUCUGGAAGCGAAUGAACGAACAGGGGGCCUUCUGGGGUAUUUUGAUUGGUCAUAUAUGCGGAGUAAUACGAAUGGCUAUAGAUUUUGCCAAUCCAGCCCCCGAGUGCGGAGAACCGGAAACUCGUCCGUCGAUAUUGCUUAGGGUUCACUACACAUACUUCGGUUCCAUUAUGAUUUUAGUCACCUCUGUUGCCAUCAUCAUCAUCAGCUUGUUAACACAUCCACAGAGAGAGGAGGAGCUAGAAGGAGUAACUUGGUGGACCAGACUGAAGCCUGAAGACAAGGGAAAUAACUCUACCGUACGUGACAGUGAAUCAGCCAAAGAAAACAAUCCUGCCACAAAUGGUAUAGAAAUCGCUGAACCGGAAGAUGAAAGACCAACAGGAUGUGCUAAGCGUGCCUGCGACUAUAUUUGUGGAAUGCCUGAAAAUGAAACCGGUUCGACUACACCAAGCACAGACGAGACUCAGAUUAGGAAAUUUUUGAAGGAAAACAAGAGAUGGACAAGAGUUUUAAAUGUCAAUGCAGCCAUUGGACUCAUAGUAACGGCCUUUCUUUAUGGGUUCUAUCGAUGACAUGGUCAAUCAUUCUGUCCAAUUGUUAAAGGGAUUGCGUUUAAAAUCUUUAUGUCAAUGACAAUGCAUGUACAACGAUGACUGUACUGGAACGAAAUUGACACGCACGUGGGCAUUUGAAGAACAAUUUAUUAAAUCAAAUAUCGUAUGGAGAGAGAAAAGCUAAUUCGUUUCCAAGAUUUAAACCAAUGCGUUACACUAAAGAUACAACUAUAUGUAAAUAUGUACAAUUUAGAAUGAUUUAUCAUAUUUUUUCAGUGUAAGUGGACCUACACACCCCAAUAGUUAAGAUACGUUUUACCAUUACAAACCCUGUAUAUUAUAUUAUUUUCUACAAAAGCUGAUUAUCAAAUAAAUCUAAAGUCAAGGUUUUAUAACACACUCAUAAUAAAAAAUUCUUAUGUAACAAAAGGAGAAUACUCAUAAAUAUAUCUGAAGGUUCCGGUGUAAACACCUAAUGUCAUGUCAGAAAGCUUUAUCAUAUAAAGAUGUAGGUUAUGACACGAAUCACUUCCACACCUUCAAAUUUCCGCUGGACCUAUGGAUGCCAAAAUAAUAAAGAUAUAUAUGAAAAAUAAGUCAA